AAUCAGCCAAGCAGGGUAGUCACUCCAGAUGGAAAGCAAGAUGGCGUCCGAAAAGGCGCGAAGCGACCGCUGGGGCAGUAUUUUGCGCCAGAUAGCGUUCGGCCUCCUCGUCGGCGCCUCCAAGUUCGACGUGGGAAUGGUGAUUGGCUGGUCGGCCAUCUUGCCCAAAAUGCAGGUCGGCAACAGCACGGCUUUCGCGAUAGGGGAGACGGACGUCACGUGGCUGGUGGCCUCGCCCAGCGUCGCAGGCUUGGUGGUGACGCUAUUUACAGGUCCGCUCAUGGAGGUCAUAGGACCCGCUCGCCUGCUCUUCGUCCUGUACCUCCCCAUCGCCCUUCUGUGGCUCCUGCAGGCGUUCACGCCCUACCUCUCCGUCCUGUACUUGGCCCGGUACUUGGCCAGCGGCAUUUACAUGGUCCUCGGGCCUCUGCCGGCCACGCUGAUCUCCGAACUGAGCCAGCCCAGACUCCGCGGUUUCCUGCUGGGGUUCGAGGAGGUUCUGGUGGCCCUCGGGCAGAUGGCGGUGUACGUGAUGGCCGACCUGCUGCCCUGGGCGCUCGCCACGGCACUCUGCUCGGCGCCCUUCUUCGUGCUCUUCGCCUGCGCUUACUUCCUGCCGGAGUCCCCUUAUUGGCUGGUCCGCAAAGGGCGCGAGGAGGACGCCGCGAAGGCCCUCAGGAGGCUUCGAGGACGAGGCGCGAGCGUCGAGGAGGAGCUCAGCCAGAUCGUCUCGGGGAUUAAGGAGAGACAGCAGGCCACGAUAAAGGACCAGCUGAGGCAGUUCGCCCACGCUUACCACUACCGGCCCGUGAUCCUGCUGGCGUCCGUGUUCACCCUUAGGGAGCUGGGCGGCCAGUACGUGCUGUUCGCGUAUACGGUGUACUUGUUCCGUCAGGCGGGCGUGCACCUCGACGCCUUCCUGUGCACGAUCCUGGUGGGCGUGAUGCGCGUCGUGUUCACCUCCCUCGGGUGCGGCGUCGUGGACCGCGUGGGGCGUCGGCCGCUCAUCAUCACGACGGCGCUGGUGUGCGGCGUCGCUGAGGCCGUCGGGGCUCUGUUCCUGUUGGUGGACGUCCCCGGGGCCUCGUGGGUGCCCCUGGCCGCCGUCCUGCUCUUCGUCGCGUCCUAUGGCGUCGGCCUCGGCCCCAUCCCGUGGGCGCUGCUCGGGGAGCUCCUGCCGACGCCCGUCCGCUUCAUCGGGAGCUCCAUCUGCAUCUUCAGCUUCAGCCUGACGCAGUUCGUGGUCAGCUACCUGUUCCCGCUGCUCAUGGACCAGGCGGGCGUCGGGGGGGCCCUCCUGGUCUUCGCUGUGGCCCACGGCGCCCUCGGCCUCGUCCUCUGGGCCUUCCUCCCGGAGACGCGAGGCCAGACCCUCAGCGACCUCCAGGACUGCUUCACCCCCGGCAGGAAGGCGACGGAGCAGGUGCAGCUGCAGAACUAUAAAAAGGCUGUCGACAGCUGAUGGAUUCUCAUCAUGAUUUCCAUUCACGUGUUUGUGAAAAAAAAGCAAGAUGUAGAUUACCUAACUUUUUUUUUUUUUUUUUUUUUUUUUUUUUUUUUUUUUUUUUUUUUGAAACACGAGCGUUCGAGUUAGAUGCAUUUUUUAAACUUUUUUUUUCCCCGAAAACUUAUUUUACUCAUCAGUCGUGUCACAAGUCAACAGCUGAUGCGACUCCCCACUUUAGCAAUGAAUAUCUUGCAGAAAUACAGAUUCAACGAUAAAUUCAUCGUAACCAAGCAGACAAAAUUUUAUA